AUGAACCACCACAGACACCGAAUGUUGGACAACCUACUUGGAAAGGUUUCCCAUAAAGCACUUGAUUUGCUGGAAAAAGAGCUACUGAGGAAGAUGGAUGUGUUGCGGAAACUUAACGCAUCAUGUGGUUGCCAUAUGUGGCUUAGCAAAGGAUUGCCGUGUGCUUGUAGGCUGGAAAACUACAAACGUACAGGGCGUAUAAUACAACUCGACGAGAUAGAUGUAUUCUGGCGUAAGCUUGACUUGCUCCCUUCAAAAGAGUAUGCUUUCAAAGAUAAAGCGGUUUUCACCCCGAAAUCGUCAACCAAGAAACCACCGAUCGUCCAGCAAAACACUCGCGGUCGGUCUACAUCAAAGAAAGUACAAGAAAGGCUAGAUGAAGCUGCGAGGUUAGACCAAGCUGCGAGAUACAGCUCCUAUGGCGAGGACAGCAACGUAAUUACCGCUUCCCCCAAGCAUAGGUACGAUUUACCCCGACACAGCUCAUACGUACCGUCAGAGGGCUCUCGUGGAACUGGUUCGUUUGUGAAGUCUGAAAAACCUAAAAUGCAACCAAACAGUUCAACAAGUUCUAAAAAGAAGGAGACGAGGGAUGAUAAGGUUUUUCCAUUAAUAAAGGGGGACGAGCACUUGUUAUGCAUUAAGAGGUUUAAGAAUCAAAUUCCAUCAGAGUUUCGCUCUUACAUAUCGCGUAUACAAGAUGUGACCCCAGACGGUCAUUGUGGGUACAGGUCUGUGGCUGUCGGGUUAGGUUUUACGGAACACGCAUGGCCCAAUAUUCGAAGAGAUUUACUACUGGAGAUUGACCAUAACAAACCGCGUUGGAAGCAUGUAUUCGAAACAUAUAACGAAGGAGACUUUAAACGAAUACGUAAGAGCAUCGAAUGGCAUUCAGUGAAAGGGUGCGAUGAAAGUCACUGGAUGGAAAUGCCCCAGGUAGGGCUUCUCAUAGCGCAAAGGUAUAAUAUUGUCCUCCACGUGCUAAGCAUUGAAUGGAGCUCUACCAUCUUCCCAUUAACGGAUGCCCCCAUUAACGGAUCCCAUUGA